GCAGAGCCCCCCCCACCCCACAACGGGAGAACCGGGAGGGACCGGGGAGGGGGGGGGAAUGAGCGAACCUGGGGACAGAGAGACCCCCCCGGGAGGGGACAGCGGCAGGAUGCAGCGGCUGAAGCGUUCACUCUCCCUCCGGACUCUACUGCGGAGUAAAAGCGUGGAAAACCUCUUCCCACGGGCAGGGAUUGGGGGGCACCCCCCAGGGCCCCCCCCAGGGCCCCCCCAGGCCCAUGGCUUCCAGCAGUACGUCUUCAAGAAACACUGUCCCUGCGAGCUGUGCCGGCAGCUCAUCACCGGUAACUCACGGCAGGGCCUGCGGUGCAAAGCGUGCAAGGCCGGCGUCCAUCUCUGGUGCUCCGAGGGGGUCUCACGGCAGCGGUGUCCCGGCAAGACGGUCACCUCUUUCCACCGCAAUUUCAGCUCGCCGCUAUUGAUGCCGGAGCAGGGGGGAUCCACGCAGGGUGAGCCCCCCCCAGACCCCGUGUAUGAGGCGCUGCGGUUCGGCACCUCCCUGGCAAACGGCGCCAUGGAGCUGCCCCCCACUAUCCAGGGUGACAAAGAGGAGGAAAGCGAGGACACCCCAAGCAGCGUGGGGAGCCCGGGUGGGGAUGCGGCUGUGACUCCAGCAGAGAGGGGCACUGCGGAGGAGAGGAGCCCCGGGCAGCAGGCUGCCCGCGCGCGGCGCGAUGGGGCUCCCAUGUUCUCCUACGUGGCUCUCUACAAGUUCGUGCCCCAGGAGCAGCAGGACCUGGCGCUGCAGCCCGGGGACAGGGUCACGCUGGUGGAUGACUCCAAUGAGGAGUGGUGGAAGGGCAAAGUGGGCGACCGCCUCGGCUUCUUCCCUGCCAACUUCGUGCAGCGCGUCCGUCCCGGCGAGAGCGUCUGGAGGAGCUGCCGGGCUGUGCAGGGGGACAAGGAGCAGGGGCGCAUGAGCCUCAGGGAGAACCAGAUCUGCGUCGGUGUGGGAAGGACCGAGGGCCUCAUCCGGGUGACCAGCGGGAAGAAGCGGGGACUGGUCCCUGCUGAGGUGCUGACGGAGAUCUGAGGAUAUCCCUGUCCCCAUCCCAGCAUCACCACCGCCCCUGGAUCCCUGCACCUCAGGAAGCCCCAUCCGGGCAGGACUUGAACCCCGAACCAUUCCCAACGACCAUUCCCAGUGUCCCCAACCCUUGGGAUCCCGCCUGAGACACGUGCCCUGCUGGGACAGGGCAGGGGACACAGGGGUGGCCCCCAGGGUGGCCCCGGCACCCCCUAAACCCCAGCGUGUGCUGGUUGGUGGGCAUGGACACGCAUGUGCAGCGGGAUGGGAGCGUGUGCACACCAACACACACGUGUGCACAUCCCUGGGCACACGCCUCUGCCCAUACACACGCAUGCGCCACUCCACACGCACACCAGAGACAGCCACGCCUGUACCCAUGCACUGACACACGCGUGUGCAGCCCCACACACACACGUGUGUCCUGCCCAGCUGCGGCGCGCUCAGCUCACACAAGCAAUAACCCCGGGCAGUGCCCGCUCCCAGGAUGCUCCAACCCGAGAGCCUCGAUUAAACGCCGCUGCGGUGGUGGUGCCACCAGGUCUGUGUUUCUGCGCCUGCUGGAGAGUCCGUGUGUCCUGGGUAGGGAUGGCCCCCCGUGCCCGGUCCUGUGCCACCCACCAUGGGCUUGUUCCUGGCUGGAGUCCC